AUGUCAUCCAGUGGUUCAGGCGAUAAAGCUAGUGGAAAUAGUAUAAAGGAUGAAAUCAAUCAAUUAAUUAAGGAUCAUAAAGUUAUGGUAUUUUCAAAAACUUCUUGUCCAUAUUGUACAAAAGCCAAAAAAAUUCUUGGUAAAUACAAAAUAAAAGAUUAUAAAGUUAUUGAACUUGAUAAAAUGGAAAAUGGCGAUGACUAUCAAGAUGAACUUGGACGAAUUACAGAUGCAGAUACAGUUCCACGUGUAUUUAUUGAUGGUGAAUGUAUUGGUGGUGGUGAUGAUACAGAAAGAUUAGAAAAACAAGGUGAACUUGAAAAAAAAUUGAAAAAAGUCAAUGCAUUAGAGGAAAAAACAAAAAUAAAGAUGACAGCAACAAGUCAUGAAGAUCAAAAAGAUCUUGAAAAACUUUUCGAAAUUAUUCGUCAUGUUAAAUUUGCAAUGUUAACAACAGUUAAUGAAGAUGGUACACUUCAUAGCCGACCAAUGAUUAAUAAACAAGCUGAUUCAUUCCAUGGUGAACUUUGGUUUUUUACACAUCGAAGCACACAUAAGAUUACAGAAUUAAAAAGGGGUUCAGAAGAAGUCAAUGUAUCUUAUGCAGAUUCUGAUCAUCACUCAUAUGUUUCAAUUAGUGGUCGUGCUAAUUUAGUUGAUGAUAAUACAAAAAAGAAGGAUUUAUGGAAUGAUUCUCUUAAAAUUUGGUUUCCAAAUGGACUUGAUGACCCUGAUUUAACAUUGCUUCGUAUUAAUAUUGUCGAAGCAGAAUAUUGGGAUUCAUCAGCAUCAAUUAUGAAAAAACUAUACGGAUUAGCUAAAGCUGCUAUUCUAGGUGAUCAUUCAUCGUUAGCUGCUGAAAAUAAAAAACUCACUUUAACUUAA